CGUUACUCUCCUUCUACCUUAAAUUUUUCGAAUAUUUUCUUCUGUUUUCAGAUUCUCCAUUUCGAUUCAAUUUUCUCUACCAAAAUCCGCAAAAUACAUAUCCCUACAUUCUAUUUCUAUACAUGGGUAGGAAUGAUUUGAAUAGAGAGUGUCUUAUCAAUUCUGAGAGUGCAAAGAUCUCAGAAAUGACCCACUUAAAUAAUGAUGAGACUGGCAAUGAUAGUCGAAGGAAACAGUUGCUUCGUGAAGAGUUAAAAGGGAGAGUUGGAGAGGAGGGAACUGUAGCAUCUAGUGAUAAUACUAGUCAUGAUGUGAAAAACUCUGAGGAUGUAUCUGGAAUCUCUGCCAGACACUUGGUGGGCAUUUCUAAUUCAGAAAAUGAGCCACUUGUUAUACCCAAAAAUGGAGAGCAGCAGAUUGAUAUGACCUUGGAAGACAUUUAUAAUGGACAUUAUGAUUUCAAUGACGAGGAUGAUGAUAGUGACUGGGAUCCAUUAGAAAAACAAGUAGAAGUUGUUAAGUGGUUUUGUGUUAAUUGUACCAUGGUUAACCUCAGUGAUGUUGUGCAUUGCGACAUAUGUGGAGAGCACAAAGAUUCUGGAAUUCUUAGAUUUGGACAUUUUGCCUCUCCAUUCUUGCCAAAGGGAGAUAUAACAGAAAAUGAAUUGGAAGCUACUGAAAGAUCAAAAGAUUCACGCCUGAAAGGUUCUUCAUCGGACUCCACCGUGGUCGGAUUUGAUGAGAGGAUGCUGCUUCAUGCUGAAGUUGAAAUGAAGUCUCACCCGCAUCCUGAGAGACCAGAUCGUCUUCGAGCUAUUGCUGCUAGUCUUGCUAGUGCAGGUAUAUUUCCUGGGAAAUGUUAUCCAAUUUCAGCAAGAGAAAUUACAAGAGAAGAACUUCUGAUGGUACAUGCUUUGGAGAAUAUUGAAGCUGUGGAACUUACAAGUCGUCUUCAUGCUAGUUAUUUUACUCCUGAUACAUAUGCAAAUGAGUAUUCAGCACGUGCUGCUAGACUUGCAGCAGGUUUAUGUGCUGAUCUUGCUUCAACUAUCUUCUCUGGACGUGCUAAAAAUGGUUUUGCUUUGGUUCGUCCUCCUGGCCACCACGCUGGUGUGAAACAGGCCAUGGGCUUCUGUCUUCACAACAAUGCAGCUGUUGCAGCAUUUGCAGCUCAGAAUGCAGGAGCAAAGAGGGUGUUAAUAGUUGACUGGGAUGUACAUCAUGGGAAUGGAACACAAGAAAUAUUUGAUAGAAGCAAAUCGGUUCUGUAUAUAUCUUUGCAUAGACAUGAAGGUGGGAGAUUUUAUCCUGGUACUGGAGCUGCUGAAGAGGUUGGUUCUUUGGGUGCAGAAGGAUACUGUAUCAAUAUUCCAUGGAGUCGUGGUGGAGUUGGUGACAAUGAUUAUGUUUUUGCAUUUCAACAUAUUGUGCUUCCUAUAGCCUCGGAGUUUGCUCCAGAUUUUACUAUUAUUUCAGCAGGAUUUGAUGCCGCAAGGGGAGAUCCCCUUGGUUGUUGUGAUGUAACUCCUGCUGGUUAUGCAUUGAUGACACAAAUGUUAACUGCUUUAUCUGGUGGAAAAUUACUUGUCAUCCUUGAGGGAGGGUAUAAUCUUAGAUCAAUAUCAUCUUCAGCUACAGCAGUGAUUAAGGUCUUGCUUGGCGAAAGUCCAGAAGCCAACCCGGAUUGCACUGUACCUUCCAAGUCUGGAUUACGAACCGUAAUGGAGGUCAUGAAAAUACAGAUGAACUUUUGGCCUACACUAGAGUCCAACUUCAACAAGGUUUUGUCACGCUGGGGAUUGUACGCUUUCCAGAAUACAAGAAAACCUACUAAAAAAAGGCGCCGGGCUGUCGUACCAGUUUGGUGGAAGUGUUGGGGACGAAAGCGGUUUCUCUAUCACCUAUUAACUAAACGGCUUCGUUAAAAUCUAAGCACUACUAAGCAAUUGUAGAUCAUCCAGAUACAUCAUGUUUUUGUAACUAUCAGACUUUCUGCACCUGUUUUAGGGUUUCAAAUAGGUACCAUUUUGUGGAAGUGUUGUUGGUGCUGUUAGUAGUAAUUUUGAGCUGCCGUUUAAACCUCUUGACAGGCACACUGCGUUGGUAACGCAAUUUUGUUAAACAAUGUAGUUUUCAAGUACAAGGUUAUG